CAAUUAAAGGAUUUUUAGCCAAUUUUUAAAGAAAUUAUUGAAAUUUUUUAAUUGUAUUGUUUAUAUUUUGAAUGAAAAUGCUCUUAACAAAAACACAAAUCUAUAAAUUACUAUUUAUAACACUGGCUCUAUGCUGUCUCAUAACCAGUGGUAAUGCACGUAAAUUACCAAAAAGCCAUACCAAUGUCAAUGGUACAGAUGUUGCAACAUCAGCUAAAGCGGAUAAAACGGAAGUAUCUACAACAGAAAAAACAACAACAGCAGCAGAAGCAGCAGAGGCCAUAAAAGAAACCGAAAGCAAGUCAUCCGAAGAAGAAGAAGAAGAUGACGAUGAAGAAGAUGACAGUGAUACAGCUGAUAAAGCUGAUAAUAAUGACAAUGAUGAAGAAGACGACGAUGAUGAUGAUGAAGAUGAAACAGCAGAAAAAAAUGCUUUACAACCCGCCGCUGAUUCAUCUCUUAGCGUUUGGGGUAUUGUUAGAGGUUUUUGGAAUUGGAUUAGGGAAGACAUAAGUGAAAGCCUAUUUGCUGGUGAUGAUGUUAAAACUCAAGCAGCUGUUGGAGGUGAGAAAAUAUUUAUAUUGAACAAAUAUUUAAUUUAGAUUUUUGUUUUUAUU